CAUCAAAAACUAAUCAUCUCAAAUUGUUUCUUUCAUGCAAUGGAGGAGAAUCAGCAAAAGCUUCGGAAGGCGGUAUCGGAUGUGUCUCAAGAAAUUGGAAAAUACUAUAAAUUGGAAGUGGAAAGAAAGUUUGAUGAUAUUGAAGAGGUAGAAGAAGCUGAAUGUCAAUGUUGUGGGAUGAAAGAUGAAUGUAGCAGAGUUUAUAUGAGAGAAAUUGAAGAAGAUCAUUGUGGGAAGUGGUUGUGUGGACUUUGUUGUGAAGCUGUUAAAGAAAGAGUGGGGCAAAAUUGUAAAUUUACAAUGCAAGAUGCUUUGGACUAUCAUAGAGAUUUCUGCCAGGAAUAUAAUUCUACAAUUAGACUUAAUCCUAAACUGUCGUUAACAUUGUCUAUGAGGGAUAUAGCUAAAAGAAGUUUAGAGAAAAGGAAAUUUAAGCUUAGUAGGAGCAUAAGUUAUCCUUAGUGUUGAAGAUAAGUUUGUGAAUACCUAGUUAUGUUAGUUAUCUUUUUUAUACUCUUCAUUUUUAUAUGGACUCUUAAGUAUUGGGUCAUUUGUAUUCAUUGUUAAUUAAUUUGAUCACAUUAUCAAUAAUAUUUGU